AUGGCCAUGGAUCUAACCUGUCUUAGUAUUCAUCCACCAUUACCAACAGUACCAAUAAUUACUAAUGAUUCCAAUAGAAUUGUUCAUCCAACAUAUAAACCGAUUAGUGGUAGUAUUUCUCAAAUGAUAUCUGCUUCAAUGGCACGUUCAACAUUUUCUAUACAUGAUGUUCGAUCUUUAUUAAAAAGAUUCUUUAAACAAAAUUUUAAUUCAUGGAAUUUUUCUGAAAUAACUAAAACAAAACCAAUACCGUCAGCUAUUAUUUAUACCAGUAUAGCACUUGCUUUAUUUUUAAUAUUAUCAAUUAUGUUUUGUAUUCUAUCGUGUUGUCAUUUUAAAAAACAUCAAGAAAAAAAAAGACAACAAUCAAAAUCUUCACGUAUUUCACGAUAUUUAUUAAUAAUUAUUUAUUUACUUGGAAUAGCUGAUAUGAUAUAUGUUGCCUAUCGAGUAAAUGAAACAAAAUAUUCUAUUGAUAAUACAAUUAAAGAAGUUAAUCAAGAUAUUUAUCCAAAAGAAAUAUCUGAACAUAUUAAAUAUUUAAAUAGACAACUUGAAAAUCUUGAUCAAUAUUUUAUACAAACAAAUUCAAUUUUAAUUAAUGCAUCAAAAUCAAUGUUAAUCAAUGCAUUUGAUGAAAUAUUACAAGAAAAAUAUUUUCUUGAUAAUAUUGUUCAAACUGUAAAUAAUGUUGAUAAUAAUAUUCGAAAAUUACAAGAUAUAAUAAAUACAGAAUCAACAUUAUCUCCAUUAGCUAUACAAACAUUUAAAAAUAUUCAAGAACAAUAUCAAAACAUGAUUAAUUAUUUAGAAAUACCAUUAAAAGAAAUUUGUAAAUAUGCUAAUGGAACACAAACUGAUAUUGAUAUGAAAUUAUUAGAUGUAUUAAAUCUUGUUCAUGACAAAUUAAUAAAAGCAAUUAAUUCAAUCAAUAAUGAUAUUUUGAGUCAAAUAACACCAUGGCAAAAUAAUAUGUUAAUAAAAAAAGAUUUAGAAGAACAAAUUCGAAAAUAUAUUAAUCUUGUUGGAAUUAUUUUUCUUGUAUUAGUAAUAAUACUCGGUAUGAUUCCUGUCAGUUUUUUAAUUUUUAUCAUAAUAUAUCGUUUAUGUAAUCGAAAUGAUUAUGAAUCAAAUAAAAACAAUCGUAAUCGAAUACAAAUGAAUAACAUGGUGGGAGGGUCGGAUACAUCUUCUAUGGAUAGUUAUCCUAACAAACAGCGCUAUGAUCCACAUAACAGUGUUAGUAAAAAUAUACCUAUAAAUCAUCAUCGAUACCGAAGUAAAUCGGAAACAAUGAGUUCCAAUAAUAAUGGUUCAUCUGGUAUAUUACUCUGUGUGAUGCGUAUUGCAUUUGUUAUUAUAAUUAUUAUACUUAUUGCUAUGAUUCUACUAACUGGUGUUUAUUAUGCUGUUGAUCUUGUUGUUCAAGGUGCUUGUCGAACAGUUCAUGAUGAUCAACCUUUUCUAAUUAAUUUCAUUAUCGAUAAAUUAAUUGAAUCGAAUAUUAUGCCUUAUUAUACUUCUGAAAUCAAUAGAACAGUAACUGAUGUAGUUAGUGAUUGUCGUAAUCAUAUACAUUUUAGUAAAAAAAUUUUUGAAAAUUAUUGGUCUGUAUUGGAUGAUGAUGUUAAGGAUAUGAUGAAUACAUUAAGUGAACAUGUAUUUAAUCAAUUUAUUCAAUCUAUUGGAGAUAUUGAUAUUUCUUCUGAUAGAAGUUUACUUAUACAAUUAAUUAAUCAAGCCAAUCGAUCAGAUGUUUCUGUUAUAGCUCAAGAUAUUGAUAAAAAUUUAAUUACAAUGAACAAAUUCUUUGGAAAUAUCAGUAAUUCAAAUGCAACAUUAUCACCAAAUCUUGUGCAUUCGACUAUUGACGAAUUCAAAAAUUAUGUCAAGAAAGUACUUGAAUCAACACUUGACAGUUGUCCUUUACCGUUAGCUAUAAUUUACAAAACGGAUAAAUUGAUAUGUCAUAAAAUGGGUAGUUCAUUGAAUGGUCUAUGGCUGAAUGUUUUCUUCUUUAUGUUUAUAGUUACGGUUGGCUUUUCUAUUUUUGGUAUUUGUGUCUAUAAACGAUUGAAUUAA